AUGCCAUCUCUUUGCUUCCCUCUAGAAGCUCAAGCAGAUGAACAAAUGAGAGUGGAUAUGGUUUAUGAAAUCGGGGAGCUUUUUGAAUUGGGAAUACAGCUUUCCUACCUCCUUAUUCUGCUGGGCUUGCUCGGCGUUGGAUCAUUCUUUGUCAUUCGCCAGGUCCUUGUUCGUCGUGAGCUUGACCUUUCUGCAAAGGAGCUUCAAGUAAGCUAUAUCUUAUAUUUGUUCUCUAUCUCUCCCCUCUCUCUCCCUUUCAUGCCGUUUCCAUAGGUCAAACAUGCUGAACCAAACAGUGCAUGAUAAUACUCACAUAUUAUUCCUAUUAGUGGGUAUUUAACUAUACUAUCAUGGGAAUCCUUGCCUGAGAAUCAGUGAACAUGUUAAGAAGGUUCUUAGUUUUUAAGAAAAAUGGUGGGGGAAAAAAAAAUCCUGGCUCACCUUAGUUCUAUGUAGUCUACCUUGCCUUCAGAAAAGCUCAGCAGCCAUGGCCUGUUGACUGUGCUUUGGAGAGAAAAUAAAAAGGAAUUAGAGAGGACAUACUUUGACUUCAUAUUUUACAUUCACUUCCUGUAUCCGCAGAGUGGCUUAUCAUCCUUUUUCUUCGUCCAUUGUGUUUCAGACAAUAGAAAGUAAAGCUAGUUCCAUCUCUCUCUCUCUCUCUCUCUCUCUCCCUCGCUGUCUGCCUGUCGCUCUCUACAUUCAUCACUCGUUGAACUCCAUGACCUUCGCAGGAGCAAGUUCGAAGCGGUGAUGCUUCAGCUACGGAGUACUUUGAGCUCGGUGCAGUGAUGCUGCGGCGGAAAUUCUACCCGGCGGCCAUAAAAUAUUUGCAGCAGGCCAUCGAAAAGUGGGACGGAGAUGACCAGGAUCUAGCCCAGGUCUCCAUUUCUUAGUUUCUCAUCCGCCUGCGCAUCAAUCAAAGCAAGCUCGGACUUUUGGUGUUAUUAAAGAUUAAACCAAGAUAUUCCACAGGUAUAUAACGCGCUGGGAGUCAGCUAUGUGCGCGACAACAAGCUCGACAAGGGGAUCGCGCAGUUUGAGAACGCGGUCAAGCUGCAGCCGGGAUACGUGACGGCCUGGAACAACCUGGGGGACGCCUACGAGAAGAGUAAGGACCUGAACGCCGCCCUCAAGGCCUUCGAGGAGGCGCUGCUCUUCGACCCCAACAACAGGGUCGCCAGGCCCCGGCGGGACGCCCUUAGAGAUCGCGUUCGCAUGUACAAGGGAGUUCCCAUCAAGUCGGACGAGAGAAGGUAG